AUGGACAACGAGGAGAGGGAUAACAUGAUUGGAGAAAUUGAAAACCGCUCAAGAUAUCAUAAAGCUAUAAAGUCAGAUGUGGAAAGACGUGGGGAAUUCAUCAAGUUUCUCACUAAAGAGGUAGAGUCUGCAACUUAUAGAGAUGUUUCUGAUGUGGAGGCUUUUGUGAAAUGGCUAGAUGGGGAAUUGUCUUCGUUGGUUGAUGAAAGAGCUGUACUGAAGCAUUUCCCACAAUGGCCAGAACGAAAAGCAGAUGCACUAAGGGAAGCAGCUUGCACCUACCGAGAUCUGAAAAGCCUUGAAUCUGAAGUUUCACGUUUUGUGGACAACCCAAAAGAGCCUUUGACCCAGGCUCUAAGAAGAAUACAGGCAUUGCAAGACAGGUUGGAGCAAAGUAUCGACAAUAUUGAAAGGAUGAGGGAAAGCACAAUCAAGAGAUACAAGGAUCUCCAGAUACCUUGGGAGUGGAUGCUGGACACAGGUCUACUCGGUCAGAUGAAACUAAGUUCACUGAAGCUCGCCAGGGAAUACAUGAAAAGGAUAGCUAACGAACUGCAGGCUGAUGAAUGCUCAUGUGAAGAGAAUCUUAAGCUUCAAGGAGUUCGAUAUGCAUAUCGAGUACACCAGUUUGCAGGUGGUUUUGAUGCAGAGGCUAUACAAGCAUUUGAAAAAUUAAAGAAAGCCGGAUUGGAUAGUGAAAAAUGAUUGCAUGCAUUGCUAAACACGCCGUACAAGUUAGAAUAUUGAAACUUUUAAGUGGAAUAUUAUAAAUCCACUGGCAAGUGAGGUAUCCUUACUAGUUUAUUCAUGUUAGUUUUUCAAUGAUUACAUAUAUGGGUAUAUAUUCUAGACAAGGGUAAGUUCCAUUGGUUACUAACUUGAGUACCAACAUAAGUUCCAUUGAUU